AAUGCACUCUAGAGAAACAGCCGUACACAUGUCCUUUACUCUUUUUUGGCAAACAAUGUCUGUGCAAAUACUCUUGACAUAUAACAUGCAAGAUAAAAAGCACUGAUAAAUUGAUAAGGGAGAGACAAACUCGGCAACUACCUCUCCACUUCUCCCCUCUCUUCGCCUUGUGACUGUUACAUUUCUGUUCUACUGCUCCUAAGUUUAUGUUAGUGGGGAAUUGUGUUUCCAUAGGAAUAGCUAUCUGUUGAGAGUCUCAUUGUAUAUAUACAUAUCAAUAAUGCAAAUACAACUCAGUUCUCCUGAGACGUUUACAUGGUAUCAGAGCCUAUUGAACUCUAACGAGUCAAUUUUUCUUCUUCUUCUUCUUCUUCUUCUUCUUCUUCUUCUUCUUCUUCUUCUCGUUCUUCCUUCUUCUUUCUUCAAAGCCAAAAAUGGGCACCGAAUCUUCCUCUGUUUCUUCUUCCUCUGCUUCCGGUGUUUUCACUUCGCCGCCAGUUCCAUCCAUCUCCUUGCCGGCCAAUCCAUAGCUCACUGUCAAGCUCACCCCAACGAAUUACUUGUUGUGGCAUGCCCAGAUCACUCCUCUUCUUCGUUGUCAUCAAUUGAUGGGCCAUGUUGACGGUUCUCUUGCUGCUCCACCGCAAAUCGUCGAUGGCCAGUCCAAUCCCGCCUACUGGUCGUGGUAUGUGCGUGACCAGUAUGUGCUGACCUGGAUCAAUCUCUCGCUCUCCGAGGCUGUUCUGCCCAAUGUUAUCAACAAAGCCACCGCUUUCGAUGCUUGGUCUGCGUUGGCUACCAUUUACGCCUCGGGCUCUCCCGUCAUCAUCGGCCAGCUCCGCAAGUCUCUUCUUCGUCUCUCUCGUGGGAAUGAAACAAUCCAUGAAUACAUCCACCGAGCGAAGGCCAUUUAUGAUAAAAUGCUCGCUCUCGGCGCUGCUGUCACCGAACAGGAACUGGUGGUUGCGCUUCUGGACGGCCUUGAUGAAGACUACCGCCCAUUCACUCGCAAUCUCGAGGCGCGUCUCUCCGAGGUUCCACUUGCGGGGGCGUGAUAAGGGAGAGACAAACUCGGCAACUACCUCUCCACUUCUCCCCUCUCUUCGCCUUGUGACUGUUACAUUUCUGUUCUACUGCUCCUACGUUUAUGUUAGUGGGGAAUUGUGUUUCCAUAGGAAUAGCUAU